AUUUUAUUAUUAAUUGAUAAAAUUUUCAAUUGAUUUAUAAUACUUUUGAUUUGUUCACAUUGUAAUUGCAUCAUAGGCGCCAUCUAGUAUCCAAAGAAUUUUCAGAAUAAAUCUUGAUUUUUUUUUUUACUUAUUAUAUUUGUAUCACAAGAAUAUAACCUCGAUUGUAAUUGAAAAAAUUAUUCGAAUAUAAUAUAAAAAUGAAAUUCAGUCUUGCUUGUUUUAAAGGACGGCGUCCUCAAUCUGAAAAAAAAGUCCCACUUAAAGUUUUUGGUGAUUUAGUAUUAAAUAAUUAUGUAUCUCAUAAAGGAUCUAAUGUAUCAAAUAAAGGUUGUUUACAUGAAAUGGCAAUACUUUUAACAUGUCUUAGAGAAAAAGAGUUCGAUAAUUUUGAUUGUAACAAAGAACUCUUAUCGUUCGAACAAUGUAAUCAAAAAUUUGCAAAUAUGAGCAAGAACUUGAAAAUUGCACGAUCAAAAACAGUGCCCACUCCUAAUUCAAAAGAUUUUUCUUCUAAACAAAUUGGUUAUUUAUUAAAUUUAUAUCCUACACGAUAAUUAUAAUUAUAUUUAUGUUUAUUAACUAUAUCAAAUAAA